CCCGCGCCGAUUAACAGAAGCGGCGGAGGGGCUUCCUUCCCCUCCCCCCUCCCCAUCGCUCGAGGGCCCCGGGUCCGCCGAGGGGGAAGCGGGGUCGCUGUCACGUCGCGUAAUGAUGUUGGGGUCGCCGGGGCAACAGCCUGGGGCGGGGUCUGGGGCGGCGGCGGCUGCCGGUUCUGCCGCCACUGCAGCCGGCGGGGCCGGCGGCGGCGGAGUGUCCGGCUUCCCGUGCAGCGGCGGCGGCGUGUCGGAGAGGAUCCUGGCGCGCUACGUGCAGGACUACCUGGAGUGCGUCGAGUCGCUGCCGCUGGACAUGCAGAGGCUGGCCUCGCUCCUGCGCGAGAUGGACACGCGCUGCCGGGAAGCGUUAAAAGAAAUUGACGAAGUCUAUGAAAAAUACAAGAGUGAAGAUGAUCCUGCUCAGAAAAAGCGUUUGCAGCAGCAUCUUCAGCGAGCGCUGAUCAACAGUCAAGAGCUUGGUGAUGAGAAAAUCCAAAUAGUCACUCAGAUGCUUGAGUUGGUAGAGAACAGAGCCCGGCAAAUAGAGUCCCAGUCUCAGUGUUUCCAAGAUCUGUCAGAUACAGAGAAGCCCACCGAAAAGUCAAAAGUGGACCCUUGCCUACCAGAAAGAUCUUCACGAAGACCACGUCGACAGCGCACCAGCGAAAGCCGUGAUAUAUGCCAUAUAGCAAAUGGAAUUGAUGAAUAUGAUGACCAGCCCCCUAAAGAAAAGAGAUCCAAAUCUGCUAAGAAAAAGAAACGCUCUAAAGCUAAACAAGAAAGGGAAGCUUCGCCAGUAGAUUUUGCAGUAGACCCUAAUGAACCAACUUACUGUCUCUGUGACCAAGUGUCUUACGGGGAAAUGAUAGGGUGUGACAAUGAACUAUGUCCCAUUGAAUGGUUUCAUUUUUCAUGUGUUGGACUCACUUACAAACCGAAGGGGAAAUGGUAUUGUCCUAAGUGCAGAGGAGACAAUGAGAAGACUAUGGAUAAAUGUACAGACAAAUCCAAAAAAGAUAGAAGAUCGAGGUAGUCGAUGCUCUGAAUACAUUGAGAGCUGCGUAGUUUUUAUUAAAAACUGUUUAAUAGGCAGACCCAUAUUUUAGAAUAAUGCAUAAAACUAUGCAAUAUUUUUUACAGUCUGUAGUACUAAUGGAGUAUUAAUAGAUGUUAGUACUUUUGUGCUUUUGAAUAUUCUGCACUAAAAAAACCAAAUUCUUCGAACAGGGUCACAUGGGAGUAGCACAAAGGGGAUUCAAGAGUUCUUGGUCCCUCACUCUUUUUAAUUGCAGAAUUAUGGUGAUGCCUGAUGAGGACGGACUGGAGGGAUAAUCAUGUUAAGACUGGUAUUUUAACAUCUGUUGCAGUUGUAACUUUAGUCCAUUAUAGCUCAUUCUGCUGAGAACACUUUCGUUCUAUGACGCUUUUAGACUUCAGAGUCUUAAAAGAUCAUAUUUAAUUGGGGUUAAUCUAGUGUUACAUUUUAAGUCUUUCGGGGUGAAAAGCCAACAUUCUUCUUUAUUGCUUUCCUUGUAAUUUCUGUAUAUGUCACUAUGUUAAUCUUGUGGUGAUGAGGUUAGAAGCCUUUUUAGGGACGGUAUAUUAAACAAUAAAAUACGAUGGCUAGAAGAGUUCUACUCAGCAUUACAAAGACAGUCCUGAACUGAGGCUAUUUGAUUUUCCCAUUCUGUUCCUUUCCAUCUUUUAACUCAUGUUGUGCCAUCUUGCCACUGACUUCUUGGAUGAUGGCAGGAACAUACAAUCAUGUUGAAAAGUUUACAGGUACAAUGGAUGCGUAAGUACUAUAAUAUCUAUAAGUCUUUGGACAAGUUAUAAGAGUUUGCCUGGACUAGUAUGUUAACUGGCUUUCGUGCUUUCUAGGCUCUUGGAGCUGAGGAAAGUUCAGUAGUAGUAAAAAGCAACUGCCCUCUUAUAGAAGAGGGAUACAAUAGAUGUAGAUGUAGACAAAAGGAACCGUGUUCCUCAAAAGCGUAGUGCUUUUUGUAAAACCUUAUACAUAAGGAACCAGGACUUAUUUUUGGAGCAGACAGUAAUUGAAGGUGUUCCAAAACUAGAUAUUAUUUCUUUAAUCGAGUUCUACAUGCCAAAUUUGAUGACAAACAGCUGUAACCUCUGUCUAGCUGUCUAACAUACUACUAUUGGUUUUUCUAAACGAGGCUUUUUUUCCUCUAGCAUUUGAGAGGGAUCUAUUUGCAUUUCACAGAGGUUAUAACGUGCAUGUGAGGCAAUAGCAAUGUGAAUGAAAUGGAAUAAACAGCCCGAUAAUAAAUUCACAUAUCUUCAAA